AUGUGUUUUGCUUUAUGGAGGGAAAUGGAAUUUUCAUUGAGUAUUUUGAUAUAUUUUUUUAUUUAUCAUUUUAUAGAUGAUUCUAAUGGAUAUUUAUUAUUUUCUGCUAACUGAAAGAUCAGGGAAUUCUAUAAUCAAGUAUUGAUAAAAGAAUUUUCGAAAAAUAACCAUAGGAAAUUGAAGAAUUUAAAAAUAUGAAGUAAAAGAAAGAAUCUGACACAUAGAUAGGGAUCUAUUUUAUAUAUAAAUUUUUUUAAAAGAAUUUUCAGCUAAUCUUAUGAUAAUAGGAUUAAAGAAAUAG